GAAGAAAAUAAAAAACCAUCAAAAAGCAGCAAAACUCAGCGGCUAUAGGUUGACAGCGGUGACCCUUUUCACAAAAUUAAAUUAAACGCCCUAUAAUACCCUUGAAGUUUUCAUUUAAUUCUAAUCUUAUCCUGUUCCUUUCUCUUCUUCCAUUGGUUGUACUCGUCGCUUCCACUGGCAACCCACUCACUGAACUGAACCUCGAGUUCACAACAAAAAAUGAGCUCCUCAUAACCCAGUAAACACUUUCCAAACUAAGUAGUUCCUUCAUUGCCGAAAUUAGUCCACUUUGAAUCACCAUUGACAAACUCAUUAAAGAAUCAAGAUCACAUACCCCCGUUGCCAUAGCUUGUUCAUUCCGGUCUUUACGCCCUACUUUUUUUUCUGUAAUUUUUCACUUUUUUUUCUCUCUAAGCUGCCAUUUUUCUUUUUCUUUUUUUUGUUUUUAAUAUAUCUAGUUGGGGCUAAAGGAGCAGAUCUACCUUCUUAAUGCUUAUUAUUUUUUGGUAAAGCCUGCUUUUUGGCAGGUGGAUUUGUCUGAUUAUAGUGUAUAAUUGAUGCCCAUUUGUAAAAGUGGAGUUUUUUGGAGUGUAAUCUUUUGUUUAAGUGAGGUGUUCUUCUUUGUUCGUGGAAAAGAGCAAAUGGGUCUGUAAAAAAAACUUCUUUUUCCUUUUUUACUGUGGAUGAAUCUGUGGAUCUAUGGAGUUGAUUUCUUAGUAGUGGAAGUGGUUUUGUGAAGUGGGUUUUUGGUAUCUUCCUAAGAAUUGAGGAAAGAUCAAGACUUUUUUUAGAGUUGAAGUAAAGGUGGUAUUGAUUUUGUAGCAAGCUGAAAAUGAUUCAGUUACUGUUCUUUGUUUUGAUUAUUGAGGGUGUGGUGGCAGUCAUUCUAUUGAUGGAAUUUGGGCCAUUGAGGGAGCUUGUGAUAAAGAGUCUAGAUCAGCUAAAAACGGGUAAGGGUCCAGCUACUGUGAAAACCAUUGCUGGGACUAUGUUUGUGAUUUUCCUAUCAAGUCUUAUGAGUAUAUUUAAAGUCCAGAAUAAAGGUGCAAAGCUUGGUACCAUGUCACCCAUGGAUCAGGUUUUAUGGAGGACUCAUUUGCUUGAGGCUUCACUUAUGGGUUUUACCCUUUUGCUUGGAUUCAUAAUUGAUCGAACACAUCAUUACCUUCAAACGCUAGUUGAACUGAGAAGUAACAUGCGAGCAUCUAAAGAAGAAGUCGAAAUGCUUCUGAAGGAGAAGACUCAACUUAAAGAGAAAGAAGAGAAAUCUUCAAAGGAAUUGAAGCAGCUGAAAGAAGAAAUUUCUACCUUGUCAGAAAGUUUUAAAAAGGUGAAGUCGGAGUCCGACGAGAAAGAUAGGAAAGUUGAAACUGCUGAAGCCCAUGUCGCUGCCCUUCAGAAACAAGCGGCGGAUCUACUACUCGAGUAUGAUCGUCUGCUAGAAGAUAACCAAAAUCUUCAGAAUCAAGCUCUAGGAUAUAAGAGUUGAGGAAAUUUUCAAAAGGCUGCCCGAGUUCAAAUUUUGGGAAUUGGUUUUGAUCACUGAUGAUGUUUGUCGAAACAUCUCUUGACAUAGAUGGUUAUUGUUUGCUCCAAGUGAAAAUUUUGUAAUCCUCCAUGAAUGUAGAAUUCAGCUUGUUUCAGUGUUUGCAUUUUCA